CUCCUAGAAGAAGAAGAAGAUGAUGACUUUUAAAUUCGUAUUUAAUUUCUCCCAUCUGCUUCCUUUUUUUUUUCAUUUCUUCACCACACUCACUCUUCUAAUUAAACAUUAAAAAUUGCCUCUCUUGAAAACUGAAAUUAUUCAUUCACGAAGAAAAAAGAGAGCUCCUUUUCUCAAAACUCCAUUUCAGUUUCAGCGCUAUGGCGUUUUUCAAAGCCUUAGCCUUUCUGCUCCUUAUAAGCUUAGCCGAUGCAGAUUCCUCGUUUUCCUUUAAUGGGUUUGUGAAAUCUCCUUCCUUUGACAAGAACAUUGCUCUGUUUCGUGACUCCAAGCUCGUCGUCGUCAAUGGCGGUGGCUCAUCGAUUCAGUUGACUGACUCAGUGAGUCAGAGCCAAGGGCGUGUCCUUUACAAGAAACCCAUCACACUGUUCCAAGAAGGUAAUAAAGGUAGAAACUUUUCAGGAUCGUUCUCCACUAGCUUCUCCUUUUCCAUGAUGUCCUCAAAAGAGCUUAGUAGUAGUGUCCUCCUGGCUUUUGUAAUGGUUCCAAGUGGUUUAGAUCUUAGCUUGUUUGGUAGAAAGGGCAACACUUCCUCUGGUCUAGGCUUCUUAUUGAAAAAGGAGAUUGUUGCUGUUGAGUUUGGUGUCUCCAAGAGAGGAAGAAACCGUGUGGGGGUCUUAGUUGGUAGACCUGAAUCCGCUAGAAUUAGAAACGUUUCAUCUUUUGGUGGCCAUUUCAAUGGGAAGAAGUUGAGUUGUUGGAUUGAUUACGAGGCGAGUUCAAAGAGGAUAGAGGUUCGUCUGAGUCUAUCUAAUAAUGCCUUGAAGCCUGUAGAUCCGUUCAUCUCUUACUCGGUGGAUUUGGCUAAGAUAUGGAAAGAAAAGAAGUUCAUGGUGGGUUUGAUCUCUGCUAAUGGGAACUCUUCCAAGCCACAUUAUCUCCAUUCAUGGAGCUUUAAGCUCAGACAUCCCUCCAUGAGGAUUCACUCGCAGCCGCUUGAUCCAAACGCAGUUUCCAAGACUGUUAAGGAGGAGGAGAAGAAGAAGACAGUGGAAGUAAAGGGGAAAAGCCAAUGUGUUUGGAGAAUGCUUAGUGCAUUGGUUUUGGGUGCGGUUUGUGGAAUUUUAAGUGCCAUGUUUGCGUUAUAUCUUUGGACUAUAUGGGGUAAUAGGCGGUCAAUGGCAGUGGUUCCUGAGGAAUGUGCUGAUGAAAAAUCCGAUACCGUUGUUGAUGAAGAAGCCAAGAAGUAGUUUGGUAUUUUCUUAGAUUGUUGUGUUUGUUAUUUUGUGCUUGUAAUGUACAUUCUUGUGUCCUUCCUCUUCUUCUCUUUUGUUUUGUUUUGUUAGUUGCAAGUGUGGUGAGAUGAGCUUUCUUUCACAUGUAGAAGAACGUUACAAUAUGUAUUAGUUAAGAUCUUGAAAUCUUGAUCAAUUCGAUACAGUUGUCUUUUUUUAAUUUUUGUCAAGUGAGGACAAGAGAAGACGUGAGUGUAUUG